GGCCCUUUGUUAUCCUAUUAUUUAUGUUAUGUUAUGUUAUGUUAUGAAACCAAUCCCACAAAUCGCAGUGUCCUGAUGGGAUCUAUUCUCUUCAGUAGCGCCAUACUCAGCAGUGUCAGCACUAUGGGAGAAGCUGAGCGGCUCACUCCUGCACUAAACUGAGCCAAAAACUAUUAUCUAUUAUUGUUAGUUUGGAACCAAGAGUAUCAGUGAUACCGUUGAAUUGAUAACUCGUAAACAAAAGUUGUCGGAUAACCGAUAAUCUGGUAUUAUCAGGAUGAAAAAUGUGGUGAUGUAUCGCAAUAACGCCCACUUAUUUCAGUAUUGUCAUAAGAAGUAAGCUAUUUGAGAAUACAUUGCGGUCAUCAAUGGUUGUGUCCAGGCUGACGAGGUGUUGGUGAAGGCCUACUGUGCUGUGCUUCACGAGUGGUGUGCAGCGCUACAGGUGCUGUUAGGCCGCCAGGGUGAUGCCCGCCACGCCCUGCUGCUGAGUCCUACUGUGGCUGGUCUCUGGGCACUGUUCCUGAAGCGUAGGGAGCUAUUGAGGCCCCUCCAACGGCAGGCACAGACCAGGGAUAUGAGGGAAGAAAAUACUGGUGUCCUGAGGCUCAUCAACAUCCUGAAGAAGUCAUCUAUGUCAUCACCAGGAGGCCGUUGCCAUCGUGCCACACACAGGCGUUCAGCUGCAACAGACAAGAACACAUCCACAUCUGUAUUCCCAAAGACCACUGCCGCCACCACCGUAGAUGCAAAGAAGGGCAAGAAGUGCCUUGAAAGGCCUGUGUUGGGCUCCCAUGACAAGGACUUCCCAUCAAGGCCCACGGCAGGAUGGCGGGCAGCCUGUGAACUACAUCGCAGGUCCUCGAGAUUAAAAGAAAGGCAACAUGUGGCUCACAUUCAUUAUGAGGACCUGUCACUUGAGGAGGAGGAGAAAGAGGACAUCUCAGCCUCCAGUGGGUCAGACCAGGAGUACCAGCCACACCACCCACGGGACUCCCACUCCCUCACCAGGAAGACAAAAGCACAGAGAAGGAACCAAACAUCCAUGCCUCUUAUGAAAGGUCACUGUGGCUGGAGCUCAGAGGAGUGGAAGAGGGAAGGGGAUAAGGAAGGGACAAGGGUGAAGGGUGCUGCUACUCGGAAAGGAAGCAAUGGAGAGAGGAGUCCAUACACCAGUCACACACAUCAGGGAGAGGAGGAGACCUACAUCACAACUCAAGCACAUGGAGGUAGGAGUGCACACAUCCAAUUAAAGGAGAGGAAAGUGACACAGGGCUGGAUUAAGGAAAAGAAACAAAAACACGCACAUAAACAUGACAAAAUCAAGGAGGAGAGACAGUGGUGCACACAUAAUCUAAGAAAGCAAAGCAGGUAUAAACACUCACACACAAAGCACACAAACUCUUCUGAACAAGAUCAGGGAAUAAGGAAAAGAAAGACUACAAGAGCCACUUCCUUCACCAGCAGGAAAGGGAGAACUUAUGAAAGGAUAUGGAGUCCCUGGAAGGUGUGGUCACUACCUAACAUGCUUUCCCUCCUCCUCACACUCCUGUAUUUGGGUGUCCUCAUCACCAGGCAAGGCAUAUUGCUCAUGGAUAUUUUGAGAUGGUGUCGAAGCGGCCACAUCCCCUUCCUGUCGGCUCAUUUCACAGUGAACCGAGUGUUGAGGAGCUACGUCCCUAGCUGUCCUAUUUUCUUCAAGGUGCCUAGAGUGCCCUCCUCCACCACCAUCAGGAAAGCUACCUACCAGACUGCUCUCCUCCUUUCCCUGCAGGCUGUUCCUUUCCCUCCAGCUGGCUCCGUCAUCAGCCAGCUGGUGGCUGUGCUCAGAUUGCCCUAUGAGACUUCCACCUUGGCUGAGGAGGUUAUUGCCCUGAGGAGGCUCCCCCAGCACAAACAGGAGACAGCAUGGGAGGGCCUAGCCAAGAAGGAGGUGCCUGCUGUUGAGUGCCAGGCUGCUGCAGCACUCUUAGUUGCCCUCAAGAUGUGUUGUGGCCUCAAUGACUCCUCAGAACAUCAUCUUUCAUUUGUGGCAGCACGAGUUAAUGGGGUGAUGAUGGGUGAUGCCCUUCAACAUCCUCCUGUUCGUCCCCUCUUCUCCUUUGAUGAAUGGAUGAGGUACCUAGUGGAGGUGGCAUGGCUCAGCAGGCAGGUGAACCCUCUGUGUGAGGCCAUUGCUCCUCCACCAGUGCUUGCCAAGCCAUUGGAGACCAAACUGAUGGCUGAUCUUGCACACCUACUGACCUUCUGCAGUACUGAUCCUGCUGCCUCUAUUCCCGACCUUGAAAACUAUCCAAACAUGAGGAGACAGCUGGAGGGCCUGGGUCUGCCUCUGGAGAAGCUGUGGCAGGCUCACAUCAUAGCAUUGAGUGCUCCACAUGAUCCUCUACUUGGCACCCUGGAGAGAUACGUAGAGAGAUACACCUCCUCCUCCUCCUCCUCCACCACGAGGCAUAGGCACCAACAAGAAUCCUCCACAAGGCUUCUGAGGAGGGCACAGGAGCUGCUACAGACAACCUUUUCCUCGACACAACUGUUUUGGACACAACACCUCCACCAAAUACAGCAGCAACUCAAGGAACAUGGCUCCAGCUUAUGUCUCAAGCCAGUCAAAUACCCACACUCCCUCUGUCCACUCCCCCUGAAGCCAGAUGGGAAGAGGAGGCAUUAUACAAAGGCCACUGCAAACACUCGCCAUAGGGAAAGGAAGCACACUCAUUCUGUAGCAACAGGGAGUUCUCAGGGGAUGAGAGGUGUGUUGGAUGAAAGGCAUACAGUGAACACAUCAGAUCUAGUAAACAAUAGCUCUUCAUGUGUGGGUGUUCAGGUUAAGUCUACUCCUGCAGCCAGUCUAUGCAGGGCUCUACAAUAUAGACAAGACUCCUUAGCCACAUCAGGGAGAAAGAGAUGCCAUACCAGUAGUCAAAAAUCUUACAUAAGGAAUGGGAAAGUAUGUCAGUGCAAGAAUAUGAAAAGGUUAGACAAAAAAGACCAGUAUUGGAGAGACUGGAAUUGUGUGCACACUCAGAGCAUGUACUCAUGGGGUAAACAAAAAUACAACUUGAUGGAUAGAAAAGACUCAUGUAUGGAAGAACAAUGUGGAAAAAAUCACAUUCCAAAUUGCACCACAAAGUAUGGAAAGAGGAACAGCAUGAAGGAAAGAAAAAAAUCUAGCCAGGGAAAGCAACACAGGGAAGGGUGCUGUCACAAGAACACUGAAGACUUCCCUCCACAGAACAGAAACAUUAACAAACCCAAGAAUAGUCAUGAAAGGCAUUGCACACUUAUUUCAGCUGAAAUCUGUAGCCAUAAGGAGGAAGAAAGGAUCAACUAUGACAAAGGAGCCCACAUUAUUAAGAGAAACUCAAGGAACUUCAAAUUUCUGCAUGGAGGUUAUUUUCCUGUGUACAAGAACCAGGCAAAGGAAAACAGUGAAGGCUUUAGUGUACCAGCUGGGAAAAAUAAGAACAAGACUACAGCAAAGGGUGAAAAUAAAGGCUCUGGUGUCUCAUGUGCUUCAGAGUAUACUAGGGGUCAAAGAUCUCACAUUACAAAGGAUCUUAUGAGAAAGGGCAUGAACAGAAGUACAAAUAAAAGUACCAAUUUCUUGUAUAUGCCAAUAGAAAAAGAUACCUCAUCCAAGAGCAGAUAUCCUCCUGGAGAAGAGGACGGGAGCCAGAGGAGAAACACAGGCAUACCUUACACAAUUCCACAUUCCCCUGAGGACAAAGUAUAUCCAUGGAGGAAAAAAGAAGCACAUCCCAGCACGUCACUUUCAUCUGACGACGAGGAUGCCAUUACAAGUUCCACCUCCUCCCACACCUCCAGCAAUUCAUCCAUCCUUGCACAUGAGUCUCUGGACCAACUUCUGAAGGAUGGCACCUCAGCAACGGUACUAAGCCACACCCUGUUUGUCCCAGUGCCGGCCUACAGGAUGUGGCAGGGGCUUGACAUCACCAAGGACAAGUGGAAACAGGUGUGGAGUGGCCUGCCCAGGAGCUACAGGUGUGUAGUGGAAGUGCUUGUGGCCCUGUGUGGGAUGACAUGUCGAGAGCUGCUGGAGGAGGUGCAGGCCAUGGAGAAGAUGGUGGAGAUAUAUUCCUCCCUGCUCUUUCUCUUUCCCAAUGCCUUGUAACAGAGGGGUGGUAAAUUUCCCGUCCUCUACUUUGACCCUUCUUGAACUAGUGGUGGUGGUGAUACAUUCAUCCCACUACUUUCUCUUCCCCAACACAAUGUAACAAGGGAGCAGAUGGUAAAGAUGUAUAUUUUCCCUUCCUCCUCUUCUCUCACCCAUUCUUAAACAAGAAAAUAA